AUGCUUCCAAAGGCCCGUUCCUUCAACCGAUCCACCGGCGUCGUCGUCGGCCUGUCCGGUACUUGCGCAGCGGCUCCACUUCUCUUCUUCAUCCCAGGUGCCGAAGAACGUCUCGUUCACCAGGCUUCCAAAUGGGGCCCGCGAUGGAACAGAGGUUUCUCCAGAAUGACUCCAGCGGUACAACGCGGUGCUGCAAGGGUCGAACCAAAGAUGCAAAAGACUGUCCAAGUCGUCGAGCCACCUUUCAAGAGAGCUGCGAUGUAAGUAUCAUCUUCUGUACUGACCGCUUCAACCAACACUUACCGUAUGCACAAUAUCACAUUUGCUGAUACAUCUAUGUGAUAGUGCAAUUGACCGAAACAUCAAACGCAUCUUACCACGAAAGGAGUAG